ACCAGAGCUUUAGCCUGGGUGACAAAGCAAGACCCUGUCUCAAAAAAUAAGUGAAAUAAAAAUAACUAAACAUUUUUGCUCUGGUCUGAAUGUUUAUGUGCCUCCGAAAACCCCUAUGUUAAAAUACUAACCCCCAAGUGACAAUAUGAGAAACUGGAGCCUUUGGGAGAUAAAUAGGUUAUAAGGGUGGGACCUUCAUGAAUGGGUUUGGAGUUCUUAUUAANAAAAAACAGGCAUUCCAUUCCAAGGCCUCUGUGUGCCUGCGGAGUAGCCAUCACGAGCAAAGCUCACCCUCCCGAGUUGAAAAAAUUUAUGGACAAGAAGUUAUCAUUGAAAUUAAAUGGUGGCAGACAUGUCCAAGGAAUACUGCGGGGAUUUGAUCCCUUUAUGAAUCUUGUGAUAGAUGAAUGUGUGGAGAUGGCGACUAGCGGACAACAGAACAAUAUUGGAAUGGUGGUAAUGCAAGGAAAUAGUAUCAUCAUGUUAGAAGCCUUGGAACGAGUAUAAAUAAUGGCUGUUCAGCGGAGAAACCCAUGUCCUCUCUCCAUAGGGCCUGUUUUACUAUGAUGUAAAAAUUAGGUCAUGUACAUUUUCAUAUUAGACUUUUUGCUAAAUAAACUUUUGUAAUAG